AUGGAUUCGAAUUCGAAUGAUGGCAGUGGUUCAAACACUGAUUAUUCCCUUUUCAGCGAUCCAAAUCUUAAUGUACCGGCGACAGUGGAUCAGUCAAUGGGAGAAAAUAGUAGCAAUAAAAUAAAUAACCAGUCGUCAUUUAAUAAUACGAUUAUCCAUAAUCAGACUAAUAAUCAGACUAAUAAUAAUAAUACCAGAUCGCCACAUAUUCUUCUCCCGAAUCCAACGAUUAAUUUACAAAAUUCUGCAACAAUAUUACCGAAUGUUCAGUCACAAUCAAAUAUAAACCCAAUAUUAAAUGUGAAUAACAAUACUACUGCUAAUAGUAGUAACAAUAAUUAUUAUUACCAAACAUCUAGACAAUCAUAUUAUGGAAUUGGAAGUAAUAAUAAUAAUAGUACUUUAUACCAGAAUAAUAAUAAUCAGAUACCAGGAAACCCUGAAUAUCAAAGUCCCACAUACCUUUAUCAACAUAAUGGAAAUGAACAAACUAAUAAUAACAUUGGGAAUUUCCAAUCAUCUUACGUAAAUAGGUCACAAUUGAUUUAUAAUAACAGUACUUUUGCCAAUAAAAAUCAAAUUACAGUGGAUGAAAGUAAUAAUUACAAUACAGGAAAUGCUAGAGAUAAUUUAGAUAAUAUUAAUAGACAUAGGGUGCAGCAGCAGCAGGAAUUGCAAGGUUAUCCCAUUAAUUCAUCCAUUAAAAAUUAUGAAUAUAAUCAGCCCUAUCAACAAUACCAAAGCAUUAAUAAUCAGCCACAUCAUUUACCAAACAUAAACCAAAUGAUGAAUCCCAAAAAAAUUAUAAAUCAAUUCCAUCCAUUGACAUCUAUCAUUACGAAUCUUAAACGCAAUUCAUCAAAUUUCAUAGAAGGUAAUUUGCUGCCAAAUUUACCUAUUCAAUCACAACAAUCGACACCUUUACAAAGUUCAUAUAAUCCAAGCCAAAAUGAUGGACGCUGGCCCUCAUCAUAUUACAAACGUAGUGACUCAGAUAGUACGUUGACUAUUCCAAAAGUUAAACAAUCCAAUGAUCAUGUUGAUACUAGUAAUUCAUUACCGUGCAUCAGUGAUAGAAAUCUAUCACACCAAGAUACUUCAAGCAACUCAGAUAAAUCUACAUUCAGUAUGCUAAAUACAUUGAACAAGACUCAAGAUGCAUUUAAUAAAUCAGAUUUAAGUGGAGGGCAAUCAACUGACGUAAGUUCAUAUGGUCCCUCUCAGACUAGUCAAUCUAGUGCUCCUGAUUCAGUAGAAGAUAUUAAAAUCAAAUUUCCUAAACAAAGUCUGGAAGGAAUCGGACUCAAUGAUGAUUUUAACCUUUCAUCUUCAUCGUCAUUAUCAUCUACUUCAUCAUCAGCAUAUUCAACACCAAGUAAUAUUGGACAUCAAAACAAAACAAAUGCAUCGAAUUUAAAGAAUUUUGCCCAUGUGUGUCACAUAUGUGGCAAACAAUUCAAAAGGAAAUCAUGGUUACAAAGACAUUUAUUAUCUCACUCAUCUGAAAGAAACUUUGAUUGUCCAUGGUGUCUGAGCAAACAUAAACGUAAAGAUAAUUUAUUGCAACAUAUGAAGUUGAAACAUGCUGAAAAUGUAUUGGAACAGUUGAGAAUAAAUUUAAAGGCAAACAAUCCUAAUGACAAUAGUGAACCAACACUUGAAGGUAAUGGGGAUCACAAUAUUAGAACUUUGAUGGGUGAAGGAAUCUUGAACAAGGAUGAAGUCAAGAAAUUGUUAAAUUCUUUGGUGGCACAGCAUAACCCAAUUUAA